AUGUCAGACUCAGAUACAAGCGAUUUAGACAUAACAAAUGAUAGUUCUAUUUCAGAACAGUUAAAUAAAUUAAAUAACACACUUAAUAAUAUGAAGCAUAUGAAUGCUUAUGAAUACCUUCGCCAUCUAGCU